AUGUAGGGACUCCGAAGUCUGGCGGUAACAACCUUGGCUCUUUUCCUGGUGUUCUCUUCCAUGGGAAACUCCAGCAGCGCCCCGCAGAGACUCUUAAAGAAAAGGAAUUGGACCCCGCAAGCUUUGCUGUACCUGAAGGGUUCACAGGGGCAGCUCGUUAUCUCCGAAGAGAGCCUGAAGAAGGACCUUUCCGAUCGGCUGCGGCUGGGAAAACGUAGCUCAGACCCCCAACCACUAACUCUUCCAGAAGCAGCAGUCGGCUUACUGACUUCUUUCCAGAAGAAACAAGAAGCUAAAGAAGAAAACUUUGAUCAAACUAGAUUCUUAGAAGACAGUCUGCUAAAUUGGUGA